AAAACCCAUUUCAUCGAAAUUUCCACUUGACGUUAAUCCCAACUACCACCAAUUCAAUCCAUUUCUCAAACUCUCUUAUCAUCUCUAACACACCCACCCUACCUACCUCCAUCUCUCUCUCUGCAACAGAGCACAAAAAUGGAUUCUGCAUCGUCCAACACCAAAGCUAUAGACCCUCCACUUCACAUGUUGGGUUUCGAGUUCGAUGAAUUAUCUCCGACACGUAUCACAGGUCGCCUUCCUGUUUCUCCCGUCUGCUGCCAGCCUUUCAAGGUGUUACACGGUGGUGUAUCUGCUUUGAUAGCCGAGUCUUUAGCAAGUAUGGGAGCUCACAUGGCUUCUGGUUUCAAAAGGGUCGCUGGAAUUCAACUCUCAAUCAACCAUUUGAAGAGUGCUGAUCUUGGAGACCUUGUCUUCGCCGAAGCAACUCCUGUAAGCACAGGGAAGACUAUUCAGGUUUGGGAAGUCAAGUUAUGGAAAACAACACAGAAAGAUAAAGCUAACAAAAUCUUAAUAUCUUCCUCUAGAGUUACACUUAUCUGUAAUCUACCUAUCCCUGAUAACGCCAAAGAUGCAGCAAACAUGCUCAAAAUGGUCGCAAAGUUGUAGAUUUCUUCAGGCUUUUUUGUUUUACUUGUAUUGUAUGUAAUGACCCAUCUUCUCGAAAUUGAUAAUAAGCUUAAAGUGGAUAAGACAGUGAUAACAAAAUGUCUUGGAUUUGUGAAUGUUACCUUGUUUCUUGCAACAGAAACUCCUCUACUGUCCUCAACAGGAAAAUGACUUUGUCUCUCCUUGAUCAAGAAUGGACAAUUUUUCAUCU